ACAGGUUUGAAAUUUCGAAGGUAAUCUCCGAGCGUCUGGGUUUUAGGUCCCAUCAUUAGCGUAGGCAUUACUCUUGCAGUAAAAAGGCUGCCAUGUCUGAGCCCAAUUCCCAGGGUUCUGGUGGUGGUGUUGCAGGCCAGAGAAGCUCACAGGGGGGCCCAGAGAUGGUUAUAGUGAAGCUGGAGGACUGCAGUCAACCACUGGUACUCAAUGUGAUCGUCAAAGAGGAAGAGGAGGAGAGAGAAAUUAAAGCGGAAAUGGAGACUAGGGAGGAGGUGGGGGAGAUGGGAAUAAAAGAGGAGGAGAUACUAGUCAAAGAGGAGCAAUUAGUCAAAGAGGAGAGGCUGGUCAAAGAGGAGGAGAAAGAACUGGAUGAGGAGGUAGAUAAGAGGGGAAUCAAAGAGGAGAGACCUGUCAAAGAAGAAGAAAAGAGGGACACAGCCGAUCCAGAGGAAGAAGUAGAUUACAUCCCUGAUCCAGCUAACGGCUCCCACCCCGGUUCAGACAGUGAGUCCAGUGCCACAGCAUCAGAAAACCAUGAAGAACACAAACAGGGGACCUCAAAACAGAAACAUUACCACUGCAACUGUUUUAGUAGUUUCUAUGAAUCGGAGGAGUUGAACAAGCAUAUUUGUAGGCCCUGUUCCGAUUGCAAAGGCAGUUCUAUUUGUUCCACACACCUCCAGUCACAACAACAAACUCACAAUGGAAAAAAUUACUUUUGUGUAGAAUAUGUAAAUGGAUUUCAGACACCAGGGAAACAAGUGAGGCACCAGAAAACUCUCACAGGAGAGACGUCUUACCACUGCUCUCAAUGUAGGAAGCACUUCAGUCGGACAGGAGACCUGAAGAAACACCAGCGAACUCAUAGAGGAAAGAAGCCUAAUCGCUGCUAUAAAUGUGGGGAUCAUUUCACUAGUUUAUAUUUCCUAAAGAAACACCUGAUGACUCACUCAGGAGAGAAGCCUUACCACUGCUCUGUUUGUGGGGAAAAUUUCAGUCAGUCAUCAACCCUGAAGACACAUCAGAAAACUCACGCAGGAGAUAAGCCCUACCACUGCACAAUUUGUGGGAAAUAUUUCAGUCAGUCAUCAAGACUGAAGGCACACCAAAAAACUCACACAGGAGAGAAACCUUAUCAUUGUUCUCAAUGUGUUAAGCGCUUCAUUAAUUUAGCUGAUCUAAGGCGACACCAGAGGACAAUACACCUUGGAGAAAAGCCUUACCAUUGCACUGAAUGUGGGAAGAGUUUCAGUCAGUCAUCAAAUCUUAAGAAGCACCAGUUAACUCACACUGGAGAAAAGCCUUACCAGUGCUCUCAAUGUGUAAAGAGCUUCAUAAAUUUAGCAGAUCUCAAGCGACACCAAAAGACAAUACACCUUGGAGAGAAACCUUAUCACUGCCCUGUUUGUGGGAAAAGUUUCAGUCAGUCAUCAAAUAUGAAGAAACAUCAGUUAAUUCACACUGGAGAGAAGCCUUAUAGCUGCUCUCAAUGUUGGAAGAGCUUCAGUCAGGCAGCAGCUCUAAAGAGACACAACCUAACUCACACAGGGGAGAAGGCUUACCACUGCUCUCAUUGUGGGAAGAAUUUCAGUCUGUUAGGACACCUCACAAAACAUAUGCGUACUCACACAGAGAAACCUUGCCAAUGCUCUCAGUGUGGAAAGAGUUAUAAACACCUAAAAGAACAUCAAAAGGCAAUGCACCGUGUAAUUCUCAAUACUGAAUAA